AUGGGCCAACCUAGUCCGGACAUCGUGGUGCUACACUCCAUACCUCAAGAAGCACAAGCUGCCACUGCCGCCCAACUCGAAUCCGCGAGACCCACGACAGACAAUGCCCUCCUGCAUCAGACCGACCUUACCGAUCAAGAGCUGACUGAGGACGGUGUUUCCCCUCCGACUCGCAGUGAGAUCAAUGGCGGGGUCCGCGAUGAAAACAAUGGCACGGGUGCCAGUGUUCGUCUCACCGACGAUGGCCGUGUCGACAUCCGCAUCAACCAUUUGAAUAGCCGUUUGUCCCAGAUCUUUACUCCUGCUUUACGUCAACAUGUCCAGGAUGUCCAGGAUAGUCGCCCUAUCCCUCCCCCAUACAUUCCUCCCUCUCUAGGAGGCGAAGAGGGAGUUCUUCCACCUCCGCCCUUGAACGUCGUCAUCCAGGUUGUGGGCUCUCGCGGAGACGUGCAGCCCUUCGUUGCCCUGGCAAAAGUUUUAAAAGACACGUACGGCCAUCGUGUACGUCUAGCGACUCACCCUACCUUCAAGGACUUCGUUCAGGAGCAGGGCCUGGAAUUCUUCAGUAUUGGCGGCGACCCCACCCGGCUAAUGGCCUUCAUGGUCAAGAAUCCCGGCCUCAGGCCGGGAUUUCGCAGUGUGGUAAGCGGAGACGUCGGCCAGCGAAGAAAAGAUGUUGCCGAAUACAUUCAAGGCUGCUGGCGAUCAUGUUACCAAGCUGGUAAGGGAACCGAUGAUGACCUUUCCGAGCCCUCUGAGGACAACGCUGUCUCUGAACCUGCAACGAAACACUUUGUUGCCGACUGUAUCAUCGCCAAUCCCCCAAGCUUUGCCCAUAUCCAUUGUGCAGAGAAGCUAGGCAUCCCGCUCCAUAUCAUGUUCACUAUGCCAUAUUCUCCUACCCAGGCCUUUCCUCAUCCCCUGGCUAACAUUCAAUCCUCGAAUGCCGACCCCCAACUUACUAAUUACGUCAGUUAUGCUAUGAUCGAACUCCUCUCGUGGCAGGGCCUGGGUGAUAUUAUCAACCGAUUUCGCGUGAAGUGUCUCGGUUUGGACCCCCUCAGUAUGAUCUGGGCCCCCGCUAUGCUCCAGCGUCUUAAAAUUCCUCACACCUACUGCUGGUCUCCAGCCCUAAUACCCAAACCGAAAGACUGGGGCCCUCACAUAUCUAUCUCUGGGUUCUACUUUCUCAACUUGGCCUCUGACUACACUCCUGCCCCUGACUUACAGGCAUUUCUCGACGACGGUCCACCUCCCGUCUAUAUUGGAUUCGGGAGCAUCGUUUUGGAUGAUCCCAAUGCGAUGACGGAACUCAUUUUCGAGGCCGUGGGGAAGACAGGCCAGCGUGUCCUCCUUUCCAAAGGCUGGGGAGGCAUGGGCGCGGACGAGCUUCACGUCCCCGACGGCGUCUUCAUGCUAGGCAACGUGCCACAUGACUGGCUUUUCAAGCACGUCUCGUGCGUCGUGCAUCAUGGCGGCGCAGGAACUACGUCGGCAGGCAUUGCGGCAGGCCGGCCAACUGUAGUUGUUCCUUUCUUUGGAGAUCAACCCUUCUGGGGCGCCAUGGUCGCCCGAGCAGGCGCAGGUCCCGAUCCGAUCCCUCACAGACAACUCUCAGCGGACAAAUUAGCCGAUGCCAUCAACUUCUGUCUGAGGCCCGAAAGCCUGGACCGAGCCAAAGAACUCGCGAGCAAGAUCGCGGCGGAGCGAGGCAGCGAUAUGGGUGCCCAGUCGUUCCAUCAAUUACUCAAGCCCGACCGACUCCGUUGCGCCCUUGCACCAUCUCGACCCGCCGCGUGGCGCGUCAAGCGCACCAAGGUCAGGCUGAGUGCCUUUGCUGCCUGUACUUUGGCGAACGCAAAUCUUUUGAAUUUCCAAGACUUGAAGCUCUUUAGACCACAAGAACACUACACCGACGAAGGUCCCUGGGAUCCAAUAUCCGGAGGGUUUACGGCAUUUGUGAGGGCGGUUGGGGGCAUGAUGAUGGGGCUAGCCGAUGUUCCUUCGGAGACAUGGCGAGCUCUACAGAUUCCGGCUGGGCGCAGCCGACAGCAGUCCCAAGCAUCAGUGCUGACAAUCGCGAGCAAAAGCGAGAUCUCACUUGUGGGGGCGAAAUUAAGCCCGUCGACUCCCCUUGGUCAAAAUGAGACGAGCUCGACUGUAGGCGGCUCUCUUACUCAAGUUCGGAGCCCUCCUGACCUCUCCGGUCACUCAACACCUACUUUGGACGUCGGAUCAAGCUUUAUGCCUAGUUCAUUACAAGGCCAGUUGAAGUCGAAACAAGACGACGCUACCCGAAGCCGGAUCCGUAAUCAGAAUGAAUCUAGCUCCGCCAAAGACCCCGACAUGCUGCGCCCGACUGGCGUGCACGUGAGCAAAGGCGCCGGGCGUUUUGUAAAGGCGGUUGCGCAGGCACCAGUGGAUAUUUCAGUAAAUUUCACAAGAGGGUUCCACAAUAUCCCUAAGCUUUGGGGAGACGACACUGUGCGCCCUCAAGAAAGGGUCAGCGAUUUGAAGUCGGGCCUCAAGGCAGUGGGAAGGGAGUUUGGCUUUGGCUGGUACGAUGGCGUCACUGGCCUGGUCACUCAGCCCUGGAAUGGCGCCCAGAAAGAGGGUGCCAGCGGCUUUGUGAAAGGGGUCGGCAAAGGGAUCGGAGGAUUCCUAGCUAAGCCGAGCGCGGCUGUCCUUGGUAUCCUCGGUCAUACGAUGCAGGGGGUCAGCAAAGAGGUGCAAAAGUUGUUCGGCAGCAAUGUGCAGGAUUAUAUCGCCGCGUCCAGGGCAGCUCAAGGGUACGAGGAGUGGCUGCAGAGCUCCGAUGCAGAGAAACAAGACGUCAUCGUCCGGUGGAAGCUAAUCCAGAAAUACCUUAAGAAGAAAAUCAACCCUGACGAGAUGGUGCAAGAUGUCCUAGAAGCACAGCAAAAGGAGAAGAUAGAGGAUACAGAGACCCGCCAAAACUGCGGACAUACCGCGAGUUCCGCUCAGUCCACCGCUGCAGAUGCUCCGACCCUAGAUCCCGAGAGAGCCAUACUCGCCAUGGCUGGCUCACAGCCCCCCGAAGAAUCACUAAAAGCGGCUUAA